AUGGGACGUUCCCGAUACACGCACGCCCUCACCCUUCCAAGGAUGUGUUUGCAGACGGGUGUCAUCGGUCUAAAAUAUUGUGAUGGUGUGAUGCUGGCGGCAGACAAUUUGGCCUCCUAUGGAUCGAUGGCUCGCUACAAGGACGUACAACGUCUUCACCCAGUCGGCCACUCGACCAUCAUCGGUGCUGGUGGAGACAUGAGUGAUUUCCAACAUAUUCAACACAUGCUCGAUAGUCUUGUCAUCGAAGAGUUCACAUACGACGACGGUAACAAGCUAGGACCUACAGAAAUCUACAACUACCUUUCAAAGGUUAUGUACGGUCGUCGAUCAAAGAUGAAUCCCCUAUGGAAUGCACUGGUGGUAGGCGGCGUAAAGCCUAAUGGUGAAGGCCCAAUUUGCAGCUUCCUCGGCUAUGUGGAUCUUUUAGGCACAACCUAUCAGUCACCAACAAUCGCUACCGGAUUCGGCGCAUACAUCGCUCAGCCACUCUUGAGGAAUGCCGUAGACACUCGCUCGGAGCCUCUCUCAGAGAAUGAGGCUGUCGCUGUGUUACAAGACUGCAUGAAGGCACUCUUUUACCGUGAUGCACGAAGUUUGAAUAAGUAUCAAAUAGCAAAGGUUACCAGCGAAGGAGUGACCAUCUCAGAUCCAUUAGAGGCGAAGACAGUCUGGGGAUUUGCAGAGG